GUCUCCUUCUGGUGAUGACGUCAUCACCAUAAUAUUUUUAUGGGUUAGAAAAUGAGAUAAACAUGAGUGAGAGGUGUGAGGGAGCUUUUAAUGGUCUCCUCCAGGUAAAGGAUCCAGGCUGCAGUAGCGUUCAGAUCCACUCCUCCUCACCACAUGGUGGCGCUAGAGCAGCAAUCCGCUGUUUGCUGACCGCCAAUAAACACCAAGAAGUCUGAUUUCCGCUACCAGCAGCUAGCUGCUGUUUCCAUUGUUUGCUGCUGGACGCUUUCACAGCUUCCCACCAUCCGAACCGCUCGGUCCACAACCAACCACACCCAACCAGGAUCCAGUCCAGCAGGCGUCCCGGUUCCGACUGACCGCUGGAUCCGCUCCAGAACCCGGAGGAGAAGCGGGACUCCCCCACGGCUCGGAGCUGGAAGCUGCACCGGGGUUCGGCUGAGAACAUCUCUACCAGAGCUUCAGCUGAAUCAGAACAUCUGAAGACCAAAGAAGUUCUGGAGAUUAUUAGGCAGGAGCAGAAUGAAGGAGGAGAACCAUGAGAUCAAGAUUGAGGUGGAGGAGGAGAACCCUGAGAUGAAGAUAGAGGUGGAGGAGGAGAACCAUGAAACAAAGAUUGAGGAGGAGAAUGAGGACCCUGAGAUGAAGAUUGAGGUCAAGGAGGAGAACCGUGAAACCAAGAUUGAGGUGAAGCAGCCGGAGAAUAUGGAGGUAAAAGUUGAGGAACUCCAGGAGGAACACCAAGACCCAGAACCAGACCUCCACCCUCUGAACACCACAACCCGGACCAACCCAGCCGCCUCCUCUGGUCCCCCUGAUCUACAGGAACAUGAAGAUCAUCAGACUGGUGGAGCCCUCACUGCACCAUCUAAAGGAACGGCGCAUGGUCAGACUGGAGCAAAAAAGUACAGCUGUGUCCAGUGUUUAGAAACUUUUGAAACUAAAUCUAAUUUAAUGUUGCAUCAACGGAUCCACACUGGAGAGAGUAUGGAUUCAUGUGGAUACAGCUGUGACCAUUGUGGAGCGACUUUUAACCGUAAAUCUAGUUUCUACAGACAUAAACAGAUUCACACUAAAGAGAGACCAUACAGCUGUGACCAGUGUGCUGUAACUUUUAGAGCCAGGUCUGAUUUGAGGAUACAUCAACGGAUCCAUACUGGAGAGAGACCAUACAGCUGUGACCAGUGUGAAGCAACCUUCAGAACCUUAGCUGAUUUUAAGAAGCAUCAAUGGAACCACACUGGAGAGAGACCAUACAGCUGUGACCAGUGUGAUGCAACCUUUAUCAGACGAAAUACCUUAAUAGUGCAUCAAAGGAUCCACACUGGAGAGAGACCAUACUGCUGUGACCAGUGUGGAGCUACUUUUAGAGCUAGGUCUGCAUUUAAGAUACAUCAACGGAUCCACACUGGAGAGAGACCAUACAGCUGUGACCAGUGUGGAACAACUUUUAGAGCCAGAUCUGAAUUUAAGAUACAUCAAUGGAGCCACACUGGAGAGAAGCCAUUUAGUUGUGACCAGUGUGGAGCAGUCUUUCACAUUAAAUGUAAUUUAACAGUGCACCAACGGAUCCACACUGGAGAGAGACCAUACAGCUGUGACCAGUGUGGAUCAGCUUUUAAGACUAAAUCUACUUUAAUAAUCCAUAAACGGAUCCACACUGGGGAACGACCAUUCAUCUGUGACCAGUGUGCUGCAACUUUUGAUACCAAUUCUAACUUAAAAGUACAUCAACGAAUCCACACUGGAGAGAGACCAUACAGUUGUGAUCAGUGUGCCGCUACCUUUCAAACUAAAUCAAAUUUAAAUGUGCAUAAACGGAGCCACACUAAUGAGAGACCAUACAGCUGUGAUCAGUGUGAGGCAACUUUUAAAGCCAGAGGUGAUUUCAAGAAACAUCGCCGGAUCCACACCGGAGAGAGACCAUAUAGUUGUGACCACUGUGAAGCAACUUUUAGAACCCUAAGUAAUUUAAAGAAACACCGCGGGAUCCACACGGGAGAGAAUCCAUAUAGGUGUGACCAAUGUGAAGCCUCCUUUAUAGCCAAAUCUGAUUUUGAGAUUCAUCAACGGAUCCAUACUGGAGAGAGACCUUACAGCUGUGACCACUGUGGAGCGACUUUUAACCGUAAAUCUAGUUUACACAGACAUAAACAAAUCCACACUAAAGAGAGGCCAUACAGCUGUGACCAGUGUGAAGCAACUUUUAGAGCCAGAUCUGACUUUAAGAUACAUCAACGGAUCCAUACCGGAGAGAAACCAUACAGCUGUGGCCAGUGUGAAGCGACUUUUAGAACCUUAGCUGAGUUUAAGUUACAUCAGUGGAUUCACACUGGAAAGAAACCAUACAGCUGUGACCAGUGUCCUGCAUCUUUUCUAAGAAAAAACACCCUAAUGGUGCAUCAAAGGAUCCACACUGGAGAAAGACCAUACUGUUGUGACCAGUGUGGUGCAACAUUUAGAGCCAUUUCAUAUUUCAAGAUACAUCAACGGAUCCACACUGGAGAGAGACCACAUAGCUGUGACCAGUGUGGAGCAGCCUUUCAAAGUCCAUCUCAUUUAAUGGUUCAUAAACGAAUCCACACUGGAGAGAGGCCAUACAGCUGUAACCAAUGUGAAGCCGCUUUUAAAACUAAAUCUGCUUUACUAAAACAUCAACUGAUCCACACUGGGGAGAGACCAUUCAGCUGUGAUCAGUGUGCGGCAACAUUUGACACAAAAUCUAAUUUAAAGGUGCAUCAGAGGAUCCACACUGGAGAGAGACCAUACAGCUGUGACCAGUGUGGAGCAGCCUUUCACAAUACUUCUAAUUUGAAGGUUCAUCAACAGACCCACACUGCAGAGAGACCACACAGCUGUGAUCAGUGUGGAGCAGCUUUCAAAAUUAAAUCUAGUUUACUAAGACAUCAGCGGAUCCAUGCUGGGGAGAGAGCAUAAUGCUGUGACCAGCGUGCAGCAACUUUCUUAUGGAUAAAUAAACAGAAACACACUGAAUAGAGACCAGGCAAGAAUGACAAAUGAAUUCCCCUGCAUCUGGCCUGAGGAAUAUGUUCUAUUCCAAACCCUGACUGAUGAUGGCUAAUUCUUGCUGCAUUAUUUCUUCCUUCCACUAAUGGCAGUGGUACCAAAAUGUUUAUUUUAUUAUCUUUCAGCAACUUCAAAACAUGCCACUUCGUCAUGCAGAUUGCCACCAAAUUUUUUCUACUUUUCAUUCGUGGAAGUGCUUUCAGCAGAUUUGUAUGGAAACAUUAGUGAUAGUAUUAAGAUAGUAUUAGUAUUAGACAGUCGUAGUGAUAGCAUCUGGAAAAUCAUUAGUAAUUAUUUUCCAGAUACUGUCUUCGGGGCUGGACUAUGACAAAAGGAUUGGCUCAGACAGUUUAAGCAAAAACUGGCCGCACCAGGUCUUGAUGGAAAGACAAUGAACUCCAUGAUGUAAAACAGUAUCUUGUAACAGUACUUGCACGUUGUCUUUAUUUGUGUAUUUUUAUUUAUUUAUUGUUUUGUUCAAUAAACUUAAACCUAUACCAUCCUCCCAGUCCCAUUAUUCUAUAAAAGACAUAACCUACAGAUCAAUCUACAACAUACUAUAAUAGGAUCCUGAAAUUUUAGCAGAGGAGUAGAGGUGAGAAAUGAUUAUUGAUUAAUAUUAAAAUGUAUAAAUGACAGAUUGUCGGGGUGCGCUCGUAGCGUAGCGGGUAGCGUGACCCAUGUUUAGAGCCUUUAGUCUUCGACACGGACGACCCGGGAUCGAAUCCGACCCGUGGUCCUUUGCCGCAUGUCUCUCCUCCUCCUCCAC